AUGGGCGAAAAGGACGACAUCCACACCCAUGAGGAGCUCGACCAUGGAGAACUCCAGACCAAGGUCGUGACCGGGCACACGGCCUUUCAGGAGGCCAUGAUGAAGGAGCCGCCGAGGGCCUGGACCACGGCUCAGCUGCUCAUCUACUCCUUCUCCAUCGUUGCCUUUUUCUGCAGCACCAUGAACGGCUACGAUGGUUCGCUCAUCAACAACCUGCUGCAGAACCCCUGGUUCCAGGAAAGGUACACCUCGGGAAACGACGGCAUCUGGGCCGGCAUUGUCUCGUCCAUGUACCAGAUUGGUGGUGUCGUCGCGCUUCCCUUUGUCGGCCCGGCCAUUGACGGAUUCGGCCGUCGUGUGGGCAUGCUCCUGGGUGCCAGCUUCAUCGUCAUUGGCACCAUUGUCCAGGGCGUGUCCAACUCCCAGGGCCAGUUCAUGGGAGGCCGAUUCUUGCUCGGUUUCGGCGUCUCCAUUGCUGCGGCGGCUGGCCCCAUGUACGUCGUCGAGAUUAACCACCCUGCCUACCGUGGACGUGUUGGAGCCAUGUACAACACCCUGUGGUUCUCUGGCGCCAUCAUCUCGGCCGGUGCUGCCCGAGGCGGCCUCAACGUCGGCGGUGACUACUCGUGGCGACUCAUCACCUGGCUCCAGGCCCUCUUCGCCGGCCUCAUCUGCAUCUUCGCCAUGUUCCUCCCCGAGUCCCCCCGAUGGCUCUACGUGCACAACAAGAAGGAGCAGGCCAAGGCCGUGCUCACCAAGUAUCACGGCAACGGCAACCCCGACUCUCCCUGGGUCCAGCUGCAGCUCUUUGAGUACGAGCAGCUCCUCAACAUGGACGGUGCCGACAAGCGCUGGUGGGAUUACCGGGCGCUGUUCCGCAGCCGCUCUGCCGUCUACCGUCUCCUCUGCAACAUCACCAUCACCGUCUUUGGCCAGUGGGCCGGCAACGCCGUGCUGUCCUACUUCCUCGGCUCCGUCCUCGACACCGCCGGCUACACUGGAUCCAUCCAGCAGGCCAACAUUACCCUCAUCAACAACUGCCAGCAGUUUGCCUGGGCCAUCCUGGGUGCGUUUUUGGUCGACCGCGUGGGUCGCCGCCCCCUGCUGCUCUUCUCUUUUGCCGCCUGCGUCGUCGUCUGGCUGGGCAUGACCAUUGCCUCUGCGCGGUUUGCGGCUUCUCAAACCGGCGUCGACGCCGACGGUAACCCCAUCUACAACAACCCUGCGGCAUCCAAGGCCGCCUUGGCCAUGAUCUUCAUCUUUGGCGCCGUCUACUCGGUCGGAAUCACCCCCCUGCAGGCCCUGUACCCCGUCGAGGUGCUCUCCUUUGAGCAGCGUGCCAAGGGCAUGGCCUUUUCCAGCUUUGCCACCAACGCCGCCGGUCUCCUGAACCAGUUUGCCUGGCCCGUGUCCAUGAAGAAGAUUGGCUGGCACACGUACAUCAUCUACACCAUCUGGGAUCUUGUCCAGGUGACUGUUGUCUACUUUUUCAUCCCCGAGACCAAGGGACGCACCUUGGAAGAGCUUGACGAAAUCUUCGAGGCCAAGAACCCGGUCAAGGCGUCGACCGCCAAGAAGUCCGUUGCCGUGGACAGCCACGGUGGCAUCGUUAAUAUCGAGAAGGCAUAA